CAUUAAUUAAUCAAUUCAAUAAAAGAAGCACCGGCCCACCCCGCAGCCCUUUAUAUAACCAUCCGUAGGUGGCAAAACUUUCUCACCAAUCUCUCCCCUAGCCGGACCACCAUCCAUGGCCGACCUCCACAUAGAAUCUGCAGGCGAAUCACCUGUCUUCAAGCUCUUCGGAGACGGCCGGCGGCGUCCUCCGUAACGUCCCCAUCGGCGCCGGCCGCCGGCGAAACCCUCUUUCGUCUCGCAGAAAAAUUAUCAGCUGAGCUAAUCGAAGAUCUGUUGAUCAAAACACAUUCUUUGAAGAACAGAGGCGGCGCGCGGCGGCGAAGGGUUCAAUGUUGCCAGGCAUGUUGCGUUGACUUUUGUUUUAGGAAAGGUGAGGGAAGGAGGGAGGGAAGAGGUGUGGGGGGAGGUUGGCUUGGGAUGCGGUUUUAAGUGUAUUUUAUUGUAGUGGUUGGUGGGGAUUAGUAAGAAAUGUUGAGCUUUUGUGCAUUGGAAUAUUAGUUAUGCUUUUUAAAUUUUUAUGGUGUUGGGUGAUGCGGAAAUUAUAUAUUGGUUUGAAGCAACAAUGAAUUUAAAUAACAAUUAUCAUCAAUAUUAUGUGAUGCCAUGUUGGGAUCAUGAAACAAUGUCUCAACCACAUAUGGUAAGAAAUAAUAAGGGAGUUGCAAGUAAUGGCAAUAGAGAGAAGGGCUGGGAAAAAUACAUUUUUUUUUAAGAAAUUAGAUCUUGUGUGUUGAAAAAACCAAUGUA